AUGAGACCCAUUCUACUGAAAGGACACGAACGUUCGCUCACGCAGGUCAAGUUCAACCGCGAAGGAGACUUGAUUUUCUCGUGUGCCAAGGACAGCGUUGCUUCCGUGUGGUACGCAAUCAACGGUGAAAGACUUGGAACUUUCGAAGGUCACCAAGGUACUAUCUGGUCGAUUGACGUGGAUAGAUUCACGCAAUACGCGGUCACUGGGUCCGCCGACUUCAGCAUCAAAUUGUGGGACGUGCAGACCGGUCAGAACGUCUACACCUGGAAAACAAAGACUCCAGUGAGAAGAGUCGAAUUCAGUCCCUCUGGUGACAAGUUUUUGGCCGUCUUGGAUGGUGUUAUGGGCUAUCCAGGUAGUGUCACUGUGUACGAGGUGCCUCGCGACAACCAGACUCAGCAGCUGUCGCAAGAGCCCUCGGAAGAGCCUCUUUACAACAUUCUAACGCAUGAGGGAUUCGAGAUCGCCGCCGUGGCCGCGUGGAGUUUCCUAGAUCGCUACAUCGCCGUGGGCCACAAGGACGGACGUGUAUCGAAAUACGACGGUGACACUGGCGAGUUCAUCGACGCUCUCGAGCUUCACACCCAGAGCGUCAGUGACGUCCAGUUCUCGCCUGACGGAACUUAUUUCAUCACCUCGUCGAGAGACAGCGACGCCAAGCUGGUCGACAUCGAAACGCUCGAGGUGCUCAAGACAUACGAAACCGACUGUCCACUCAACAGUGCAUGCAUCACUCCUCUCAAGCAGUUUGUCAUUCUAGGUGGUGGUCAGGACGCCAAAGAUGUCACCACAACCAGCUCGCGCGAGGGUAAGUUCGAGGCCCGUCUAUACCACAAGAUCUUCCAGGACGAAAUCGGUAGAGUCAAGGGUCACUUCGGUCCGCUCAAUUGCGUGGCUGUCAGCCCUCAGGGUACCUCUUACGCUUCAGGCGGUGAAGACGGUUUUGUUCGUCUGCACCACUUCGACAAAAGCUAUUUUGAUUUCAAGUAUGACGUGGAAAAGAGCGUGGAGGCUCAAAAGCAUAUGCAGGGUUUGGAGUCCAGCGCCUAG